GUAUAUAAUGACAAUGAAAGUUGAAUCAGAGUAGUAGAGUUCUUUCUGGCGGGAAAGGUUUGGGUAUACGCUGAGACACUGGGGCGCUUUUGUAUUUCAGAAAAUACAUUAUUGGAACGGUUCAAUUAUGACAGAAGAAUUUCUUACACUUUGAUUCGUUAGAAAGCAUUAUAUUUCGAUGAUGAUUCCAGAUUGUUUGUAUUAAGAUCGAUAAGUGUUCAUCAAAAAGAUGAUGUUUAUAAAAUUAGAUAUUGCACGGCUAUUUGAAUAAAUACAGAAUCUAUACGUACAUCUUAAGAUCAUAAACAUUUCUGAAACCAUGGAAAGUAAUACGAAUAAUGGACGGAAAAGGAAAUCUGCAGAAUCAAAAGAAUGUCGAUCAAAACUUUCGAAAGCGAAAGAAAAUGCUUCUCAAUUUACAGAAGAGUCUAAAACAGGUAAAAUAAAAAGAAUUCUAAUACGAAAUUUCAUGUGUCACGAUGCCUUGGAAGUAACAUUAAAUCCAAAUGUAAAUUUUAUUAUUGGUCGUAAUGGAAGUGGAAAAAGUGCAAUAUUAACAGCUUUAACAGUUGGGCUUGGUGCUAGGGCAAAUAUUACUAGUCGUGGAGCAUCUGUAAAAAAUUUUAUAAAGAAGGGAAAAAAUUCAGCUACUAUUGAAGUAAGUUUAUUUAAUAAUGGGUCUAUGGCAUAUAAACCUGAUAUUUAUGGUGAUUCAAUAACAGUUUUCCGAAGUAUUGGAACUACAUCAUCUUAUAAGAUAAAGAAUUGGAGAGGUGAAGUGGUCUCGACAAAACAAAAUGAAUUGGCUAAUAUAUUACGGGCAAUGAAUAUUCAAAUAGAUAAUCCUAUUUCUAUAUUAAAUCAAGAUAUAUCUAGAACAUUUCUAGUAUCAUCCAGACCAGAAGAAAAGUAUGAACUAUUUAUGAAAGCAACAUUACUAAAUGUAAUUGGUAACAAUUAUAAAGAAGCUGAAUUGACAUGUGAACAAGAAUAUGAAAAGUUGAAACAGUAUAAUAAAAUUUUAGCAGAUGCUAGAAAAGAGAUAGAAGAACUUAAAAAAAGCAUAGAAAGAGCAGAAGGAAUUGAUAAAUUUCGCGAUGAAGUAGUUGAUCUUGAGAAGGAAUUAGUUUGGGCAGUUGCUAUAGCAGAAGAAAGAAAAUUAGUAAAAUUUGAGCAUGUUCUAAAAAAAUGUGAAGAUAAUUUUAAACAGCUUCAGGAUACAGGAUCAUCUGCAAAAUCAAAAGAUGAAGAAAUAAAUAAAAAAAUUCAGGAAUUGGAAGAAGAAAUUGAGUCUGCAGAAAAGGAAGUUAAUAAUGAUUCUGAAACAUAUAAUAAAGCGAGACAAGAAUAUAGCAUAAAAAAAAAUGAGCAUUCAACUAAAAUACGUGAAUGGCGUUCUGUCCAAAGUAAAGUUAAAAGAUUGGAAGAUGAUAUUAGUGCACUUCGCAAAGAAAUACAUAGAUUAGAAAGUGCUGAUAAUGCAGAACAAAGUGAAAGAAAUCAAAUAAAACAACAAUUAGCUAAUUUGGAACAAAAAUUAGAUGAGACCGAAGCAUUAUUACGAACUAAGCAAACUUAUCAAAUGCAUUUAGAAACUGAUAAGGUGCGUCUUUUGAAAGAAAUUCAAACUUCAAGAAUUGAAAUCAAUAAUUGUCAAAAACGUAUAGAAAAAAUUAGGUUGGAUAUAAAUGCAAGGAAAAAAUAUUCUGAUAAUACAUUAACUGUUUUUGGGCGAAAUAUACCACGUCUUCUAAGAAGAAUCGAAGAAGAAUAUAGUAACGGACAUUUUAAGGAAAAACCACGAGGUCCACUUGGGGCAUACAUAAAAAUGAAAGAUUCAGCAUGGGCUCCUGCUGUUGAACAUUUUUUAGGAGCAAGUACUUUUAGUACGUUUUGUGUAGAUAACAGUCGUGAUGCCAAAGUAUUAAAUACAAUUAUGAAAGAAAUUUAUUUGAAUGAAAGAACUCCACAAAUUAUAUGUAGUAAAUUUUAUAAUACUGUUCAUGAUGUCCAUGCACAUUGUACCAGAUCUUCACAUUAUUCCAAUCUUUUGGAUGCAAUGGAUAUAUCAGAUCCGGUGGUUGCUAAUUGUUUAAUUGACCAGCGUGAAGUUGAAUGUAUUCUAUUAAUUCCAUCUAGCAAAGAAGCAGCUGAAAUUAUGUCUAAGGCUUCCAAAGUUCCACAAAACUGUAAAAGAGCGUUUACACAACGGGGUGAUACAUUUUACCCAGAUCCACAGUACAGAAGUUAUGGUGGACCACGCAAUUUGAAAGCUAGAUUUCUUCAGGUUUCUAUUACAGAUACUAUUAAUGCAUUGGAAGAAGAGGUUCAUAUCAUAGAUAAUGAGAAAGAUAGUGCCAUAGCAUUGUAUAAAACAAUUUCUGAAAAAGAAAAACGUAUAAGCACUGAGUUAGGCGGCGUUAGAACAGAAGUAACAAAGCUUCAUGCCAUUCGAAAUCAAUAUAAAGCAUCAAUUAAUGAUCUAAAGGAUAAAAUCGAAGCUUAUGAAACUAUAUCUGUGACUGUCUUUAAAAACGAAUUGAGUGAGUUAGAAAAGAAAUUACAUCAAGAAAAAUUUGAAGAAUCAAAUUUAAAUGCUAGCAUUCUCCAACUUCAAAAAGCAGUUGAAUCUUUAGAGGAAGAAGUUAAGCAUCACAGAGAAUUAAGGCAAAAUCUAAAUUCAAAAAUUAAUCCUUUAAAGGAAAAUAUAAAAGAAUUACAAGACGAAAAGGAAGCAUUGCAUGCACAAGCUCGUCAUGCUACAAAGAAGCUGCAGGUAGCACAUCAAGCCUUACAGCAGGCAACAGUAGAAUUUGAACAACAGCGAAGGUGUACAGAAAAAGCAGUGACGGAUGCUACAAAUCGAUGUGAUAGAAUAGACACGAUAAGAUCGAUUAACGAGCUUGAAAGAUUAUCCAAGGAUGUAAAACAUAAAAUUCUUGAAAUAGAACGAAUGUUUGGUACUAUCGAAGAAUUACGUAAAGAAUUAAAAGAAAAGGAAGCAAAAUGUGGGAAAGAUAUACAUUUGAUCUCUAAAAUUGAAAAAAGUUACCAAGCCCAUAUAAAACGAUUGGAAUUUCGAAAGAAGUUGUUUACUGACAUGAAACAAACAUACGGUAAAAAAAUUCAGAAUUCAUUUUCAAAUAUCCUUGCUUUACGAAAUAAAAACGGUACUGUAAAUAUUGACCACGCACGAAAAAUACUUGAACUUGAAGUACACUCGUCAAACGAUAGUAACAAAUCAAUUAACGAUGCAAGAUCAUUGUCAGGCGGUGAAAGAUCAUAUUCCACUGUUGCUUUCAUUCUAGCACUUUGGGAAUGUACCGGUUUACCUUUUUAUUUCCUUGAUGAAUUUGAUGUCUUUAUGGAUAAGGUAAAUCGCCGAAUUAUAAUGGAUAUUCUUUUGGAUCAUACUAAAAUGCAUCCACAGAGUCAAUUCACAUUUCUGACACCUUUAGACACAUCUAAUGUCCUUGCAGAAGAUUAUGUAACUAUACAUAAGCUAGCUCCACCAGAAAGAGGGUCAUAAGAGUAAAAAGUACAAUACAAGAUAAAUAUUUUUUCUUAAUAUAUUUUUUCACCAUUUUUGAGUUCUAUAUGAGAUUCAUUAAUAUAAUUUAUAGUCGUUAAAAGACAAAAUACCUAAUAAUUAGAUUAAGGGAAAGUAAAAGUGUGAUUUAUACGUAUUAAAGUUAAAUGUUAUUAGAGUUAAGAGA